AUGCCACUUGUUGCGUGGGAGAAUCGCGCUGCCGCCAAAAGGGCCAGCCUGCUGAAAGCCAUUCCAUCCAUAUGGCACGUGCCUCCUGAUCAAAUACCCGUCGGAGACGGUAGCCCAGCCGUCAUUGACAUGCCAGGGAAAUACCUAUCCGAGGACGAAUUUACCAUUACCGAAACCGCCCCUUUGGACACCUUGGCCCACAUCCACGCCGGCAUCUGGUCUUGCGAGGACGUUGUCAGUGCUUACUGUCACAGGGCCGCGCUUUGUCAUCAAUUUGCGAAUUGCUUGACGGAAGUACUAUUCGAAGAGGCUGUCAAAACUGCCCGCGAGCUGGACCAGUAUCGUCGUGAGACAGGCGGUCUGAAAGGCCCACUGCAUGGCUUGCCUGUCAGUUUCAUGGACCGUUUCCGUGUAUCUGGCACAGAAACAGCCGCCGGCUUUAUCUCCUGGCUCGGUCCUAAGGAGACCGACGUCACUGAAUCUCUCAUCGUCCGGCAUAUGCGGGCGCUGGGCGCGAUUCCCUUUUGUAAGACUAACAUGCCUCAAAGCAUGAUGUUAGCAGAAACCGCGAACAACAUACAUGGCUGUACCAAUAACCCCUAUUCAGCACUUUUAUCCAGCGGUGGCGCUGCAGGAGGUGAGGGGGCGCUUCUGGCCAUGAAGGGCUCCCCCUUCGGCUGGGCCACUGAAUUUGCAGGCUCAGCACGUAUUCCUGCUGCAUUUAGCAAUCUGUUUAGCCUCAAGGUUUCAUCUGGUCGCCUUCCAACUCUCGGAGUGGCUUCAAGCGAGACAAGUCUGCCUUCUAGGAAUUCAACAAUCGCCAUGAUGUCCUGGGAUUUCGGUUUGCUGCAACACAUCGCAAAGCUAUCCCUCGGGGCUACCGCCUUUGAAGAGGACCCUAUCUGGAUUGACAUGCCAUGGAGGGAAGCGAAAGUCAGAGAAUUGACACUGCGGCGCCCAACAUUUGCAGUGCUGGAGUGCGACGGCUACAUCCAGCCUCAGCCGCCAAUUCGGCGAGCUCUAAGAUCAAUUGUUCAGUGCCUGAGGCGAGCCAACUAUCAAGUCGUCGAAUGGAAACCUCCAUCCCACGCGACCCCAGUAGAGACGUACUUCAAGAUCAUCGGCGCUGAUGGUGCGCAGGCAACCAGGCAACACAUCAAAGCAAGCGGGGAGCCACCCGUCCCUAUGCUGAGGGAUUGGUAUUUUCACCAACCCACCCAACCAUUAUCCCUCUCCGAGUAUCUGGCCCUUAUGAAAUCUCUAGAAAAGUCCCAAACAGCGUAUCAGAGGUAUUGGAAGUCCACCGGGAAAGAGACGGCGAGCAGACUCCCAGUCGACGGAGUCAUCAUGCCCGUCUGUGCAAACGCUGCCUGUUGCAAGAACAAAUUGACAUAUUACGGAUACAGUGCUAUAGUAAACGUCCUCGACUUCGCCGCCGUCUCGUUUCCGGCUGGAUUCAUCGAUAGACAUCUGGACCCGAAGCCCGCUGCCUUCGUCCCACUCGGCAGGGAGGAUGAAUCCGUGAAUGAUUCAUAUGAUAACUUUGCAUUCCAUGGAGCCCCGGUGGGUCUCCAAUUGAUGACUCGCAGAACCGAAGAAGAGAAAGCAUUAAAGCUUGUGGAAAUCAUCCUUCAAGCACAGGCAUACUCGUUGACGCCCGGCUAA